CAUCGCAGCGGAUACGUCGCCAUCGUCGGCCGCCCGAACGCGGGGAAGUCGACGUUCAUGAACGCGCUCGUGGGGACGAAGCUCAGCAUCGUGACGUACAAGCCGCAGACGACGCGCCAUCGCAUCCUCGGCCUCGUGAGCGAGGACGACUUCCAGAUGGUGUUGCUCGACACCCCCGGCGUGAUGCGCGAGGAAUUUAACAAGCUCGACGAGAUGAUGUUAAAGUCCGUGCGGAACGCGAUGGCGAACGCGGACGUCCUCCUCGCGAUCGUGGACGCGCGGCGCGACCCGCUGGGUAACUUCGAGGGGCUCCUGCCGGAGCGGCGACCCGGCGACGACCCGGCGCCGCUCGGGAUCAUCAUCAACAAGUGCGACUUGCUCGGCGUCGACGAGAUCAGGCGCAAAACGUUCGAGUCGUACCCGGGCGUGGAGCGGGUGUUUCCGGUCAGCGCGCUCGCGGGCGUCGGGCACGACGCGGUGCAAAGGUGGGCGGUGUCGAAGCUCCCGGUGGGGCCGACGCUGUACCCGAAGGACGCGAUAUCCGAGCACCCGGAGCGGUUCUUCAUCGCGGAGAUCAUUCGAGAGAAAAUUUUCUUACAGUACGCGAAGGAGGUGCCGUACAGCGCGCAGGUGUGGGUGUCUUCGCAUAAAGAGCGCGACGGGAUCAAAAAAGACCUCGUCAUCGCCAAGGUGUACGUCGAGCGCAAGUCGCAGAUGGGGAUCAUCAUCGGGCACGAAGGCGCCGCGCUGAAGAAGCUGUCCACCGCCGCGCGAGUAGACAUCGAGAAGUUCUUAGGUCGGCCGGUGUACCUCGACCUGAGCGUGAAGGUGCGCGAGGGGUGGAGGAGCGACGGAGACUCGCUCGAAAACUUAGGC